AUGUCACAAGUUAGGCAAAAUAUACCUUCAAAAAAGCAACUUGUGGAUAUUUAUAGACAGGGAUUAAUUGUUGAAGGGGCAUAUAGACAGACAGUUGUUAUAAGGUCUUAUGAAGUUGGUCCUGAUAAAACUGCUACAAUUGAAAGCAUCCUUAACUUACUUCAGGAAACAGCAUUGAAUCAUGUGUGGAUGUCAGGACUACUUAGUGAUGGAUUUGGUGCUACACAUGGGAUGAUGAAACACAACCUUAUAUGGGUGGUUUCAAGAAUGCAACUUCAAGUGGACCAUUAUCCAAUAUGGGGUGAAGUAAUAGAGAUAGACACAUGGGUUGGAGCAUCAGGCAAAAAUGGAAUGAGAAGAGAUUGGCAAAUUAGAAGUCAAGCCACAGGCCUUGUAUUUGCCAGGGCAACCAGUACAUGGGUGAUGAUGAACCAACAAACGAGGCGCCUUUCUAAGAUGCCAGAAGAAGUGAGGGCUGAGAUCUCACCUUGGUUUAUCAAUAAACAGGCAAUCAAAGAAGAAAAUCCUAUUAAGAUAGAGAAGUUGGAUAAUACUGCUAAAUAUGUCCUUUCCAAUUUGAAGCCAAAGAGAAGUGAUUUGGACAUGAACCACCAUGUAAAUAAUGUAAAAUACGUUCGUUGGAUGCUAGAGGCUAUUCCUGACCAAUUUUUGGAGAGUUAUCAGCUGUCUAGUAUCAUACUAGGAUAUAGGAGAGAAUGUGGAAGCGCGGACGUUGUUCAAUCCCUUUGUGAACCAGAUGAAAAGGGACUUUUCGACGAUGGAUUUAAUGAUCAAUACAAGAGAAGAAUUAGUGUACUACAUGGAUUUUCAUUUGGAUCAGGAAUUCUUGAGGCAAAUGGAUUGCUUGAGUCAUUUAAUCAAAGGCCAUUUAGUUACACACAUUUGCUUCAGAUAAAGGAACAGAUCAAGAAUGAAGAAAUUGUUAGAGGAAAUACUAGUUGGAAGAGAAAGAUAUCUUCUAUGCCAUUUCCUGCAUAA